CGAACCUCUUGCAGCCCAGUCGUCAUUAACCAAACCAAGCCUCGAAAGGUCGACAAAACUCUGUGCACAAAGCUACUACCUCACACCCCGAUACUGAUGAUACUCUCUUGAGAGAAAGAGAAAGAAUUUCUCUACUCGGCAUUCUAAACUCGCAACUUUUCUCAGCGCAUGGAUUUUCUCAAGUCCGCAGUGGCUUCGGCCAUUGCAAAGGGGCCGCCGUUCCCCUACUCCUUUGGAGACCGUGUAGAUGUGGACCAGUCUAUAUGGACUCUUUACAAUGGCACAAGACGUGAGGAUGGCUCCAACUGCAGCAUCUUCUCCUUCGAAAUCAACCCCAAUACCAAAUCCCGAUUGCCACUCGCCAAGAAUGCCCUCAAGAAACUGCGAACACUGCGACACCCUGGCGUUAUCAAGAUGCUGGAUGCCGUUGAGACCGACACAUAUAUAUACAUUGCGACGGAACGCCUUGUACCUUUGAGGUGGCAUAUCAAGAGGAAGAGCUUGAGUCCAGAGACACUAAAAUGGGGGUUACACAGCGUAGCGCGCACUAUGAAAUUCAUCAAUGACGAUGCAUCAUCAAUACAUGGAAGUCUCAAAGUAUCAUCAAUAUAUACUUCGGAAAGCGGAGAGUGGAAAUUGGGAGGAUUCGAGGUCCUUAGUAGUGUCAAAGACGACGAGGCACUGAUCUACACUUAUGGUAGCCUUGUGCCCGACUCCGCCAGAUACGCGCCUCCAGAAGUGGCAAAGUCGGGAUGGGAUGUGGUCAAAAAGGCGCCACACCACGCGGUAGAUUCAUUCAACUUUGGCACUCUAAUAUUUGAGGCUUUCAAUGGCGACUUUACGGGCUCUGAGCAGGCCGGUCAGACCAAGAAUAUCCCACCGACAAUGCAAGCCAGCUACAAAAGGCUUGUUAAUGCGAAUCCCAAAGCCAGGUUGAGUGUCGGACAUCUCCUGGAGCAGGGCCAGCGUCGAGGUGCCUUCUUUGAUACACCACUCAUCAAGUUAACUGAGGGCGUGGAUAACUUGGGAAUGAUGUCUGAAACCGAGAGAGACGAGUUUCUCGGAGAUCUCGACCAGCUUACGGACGACUUCCCAGAGGAAUUCUUUAAGAUGAAAGUCCUCCCGGAACUCCUGAAAUCAGUAGAGUUCGGCGGCGGCGGUCCCAAAGCUUUUUCUGUCGUAAUGGAAAUCGCACGGAAGCUUUCGAGUGAGGACUUUGACUCCAAAAUUACUCCUGUUGUCAUUAGGUUGUUCAGCAACCCUGAUAGGGGUAUCCGAGUCUGCUUGUUGGAUAAUCUGCCACACAUGAUUGAUCGACUAUCUCAGAAGGUGGUCAAUGACAAGAUUUUUCCACAGCUGGUUACUGGCUUCACUGAUCUGGCACCUGUAGUACGAGAGCAAACACUCAAGUCGGUCCUUGUCAUCAUCAAUAAGCUGUCUGAUAGAACAAUUAAUGGCGAGCUGCUACGCUAUCUGGCGAAAACAGCCAACGAUGAGCAGCCUGGCAUACGAACGAACACAACCAUUUGCCUUGGCAAAAUUGCCAAGAAUCUAGGGACAUCGAGCCGCUCAAAGGUGCUGAUAGCAGCCUUUGGCAGAUCUCUGCGAGACCCAUUCGUUCACGCGCGCAAUGCCUCACUGCUCGCCCUCGGUGUCACCAGUGAUUGCUUCAGCGACGAGGAUGCUGCGUCCAAGAUUGUGCCUGCAGUCGUUCCUCUCCUCCUGGACAAGGAGAAGUUGAUCCGUGACCAGGCAGACAAGACAAUUGAGGUCUAUCUCCAAAAGAUCCGCAAGGCGGCAUCUGCCAUGCCUGAAACGGCACUGCCCCCGGAACGAGGCCCCGAUGGUGUUGCGAGGAUGAGCACCCCGCAGCCAAACGAGGCAUCGGCAUCCUCAGGUGGCAGCUGGGCCGGCUGGGCCAUAUCGUCAUUUACAAACAAAUUGUCCGCAGCUGCCGGCGAAAUGCAGACGGCAAGCAAUGGUUCUCAGUCAUCAACCCCCGCACCGACUUCUCCUGCCAUGACACCACGGCCCGGUAUGGUGCCAACAACUAGCAAGUCGGCAUCGGCCUUGCAUAGACAGGCUGUCCGUUCCCCACAACCAGCUCCAGGAGGAUUUUCGCUCCCUCCAAAGAAGGAGACUGCGGCUUCUUCAGCCAGCGAUUCCUUCUUCCCCGAGGCGGACGAUGCUGCCGACGACGACUUUGGCGGCGACGCAUGGGGUGACAUGGGGGAAAUGGACGAGAACGAAGACGGAGCCGACGCCGAAGACGCGAGCGGCUUCUUCAAGGAGCCGGCUUCACGCUCCGUAUCCACCUCGUCCACGGCCAAGAAGGCAACCACCACCCCAUUCCCCCACGCCGACGACGCCGAGCCGGAUUUUGCCGGCUGGCUCGCGGCGCAAGCCUCCAAGAAGACUGGCGGUAAGCCUUUGCCCAAGGGCAUGGGGAAGAGCACAGGCGGCGCGGGAGGUGCUGCGGCAAAAUCGAGCUCGCUGGCAGCUAAGAAGAAGCCUGUCGUUGCCAAGAAGAUUGACAUGAAGCCCAAGGACGAGGACAAUGACGAUGAUGGGUGGGGUGAUGGCUGGUAACUAUUCACUGCCAUGACUGCCGCACUUUUCCAUCGCCUUUUGGGGCAAAGCAACAAUAUCAUAUACGCUACUUAUUUGUCUUGUUGGGUAGGAAGCGAGCGCUGGUUCGUGUCUUUUUUGACUUGUUGUCUUGGGCAGGAUACCAUACUAUACAGCUGUCGAUUAAUGAGCAUACUGUCAAGGUCGUUAGUUUAAAACAAAAAGUCCAAAUAUGGAAGUAUCCCAAUCACGAUCUUUCCGCUGGUUAUUUAUCUGUCUUUGAUCGAAACAUGGCGGCGCGUAGCAAAAGACAGGGUUUUUGAAAAGAACACGAGGACGACAAUACGUCAUCAGUGUACCACCACUCGGGGGAUGUUCUCAUUGAGCCAUGCAUACAUGAUGAUGAUGACCUAAAACAUAUUCAUAUGGGGGAUCCAGACGAAGUUUGACACCAAACAAGACCCAGAACAAAAGAAAAAGAUUAUAAAGCGCCCUCCCAAAUGCUGGCUCCAAGUCAAAGAAAAAAGGAAGGAAAACCCCGACUGCUCAUGCAUAUUAUAUGAAUCCCUUUUGAAAAGUCAGAACAUGUAACCUGACAAAAGCUGUUUGAAAAAAAAAAAAGAAAAAAAAAAAGUAUUCUCAAGCUCGAAUAAAACAGGUGUUUCCAAAUUUGCU